GCCCGGAUUCUAUUAUCUCAGUUCAGCAGUAAUGGCGACUGUCAGAAGCAGGCCGUAGUUUCUGGAAUAAAGUACGGAUUUUUACCUGUUUUAAAUCGUCGGAGGAGACAAAAACCAUCACCAUGGUCUGCAAAAAGGAAGUCAUAGCUUGGUUUUGUGAUUUAACUGCAUCCCGCCGAAUAGACUUUCUUUGUGCGCUUAUGGAUUGUUGCAGUCCUCUGGAAUUGCGAUUCCUUGGAACAUACGUUGAGAGCCUGGGGAGACGGGACUAUGAUCGACUUCGGGAAUCUGAACUUCAUGCAAACGAUGUGUCCUAUCUGUCAAAACUCACAAAUAUUACUGACAUCAGGAUUCUUGAUAAAGUACUAACAAGUCUUGCUUUAAUGAAUUCAAGAUGUACAGACGGUGCUUCAGUGCUUUAUCGAACGUUAAAAGAACAUACAGACGCCAUCUUAUCGAAUGGUUUCAGAACUAGACACCACACAGAGACGGACGAGAAGGUCGUUCUUCUCGCCGUCAUUGCAGUCAAUCACCCCGCGUUCACAUUCAGUCAAAAGCAGGCACUUAGGUCCCAACUAUAUGCUCUACUCCAGGCUGUUGAGAGUAAAAUUGUGCCUGAGAUGGACGAGGUAGAAGACAAUCCAAAUACUACUGACAAUGUGACUUCCAAAGAAACCAAGGAGCAGCUUGUGAGUGCCUCGACUUCAAAUCCUGAUAACAGGGAGAUUGAUAAAGUGAAUCAUAGCCAAGAUUCUCCACCAGUUCAUAUAAAAGCCAUUGAGGUCAAGGGACUCAUAAAUCGCCAAAGUGACAAGCGUCUUGAGUAUACUUUCCAGGUUCAUUGGUCUGAUUCAACGGUAUCAUGUGUGAGUAAAACACAUGCUCAGCUCUUUGAUUUCCAGUGCAAGCUUGUUCAGCUGUUUCCAGAUGAAGCUAGCACUGAGCAACAAGAUCGGGUUAUUCCUUAUAUUCCAGCAGGAAAGAGGAUUUUCAGCAUGACCCCACCAGGAGAACAAGGAGAGAAGACUCAAACUGAAAUAGUGGAAUAUACCAAACAAUUGUCAGCCUUGCCUCAGCAUAUACUCCAGUGUGACCAUGUGAUACAGUUCUUUUGCUCUAAUGUGUGCGAUGGUAGUGGUAUGCAACAAGACAUCGGUCAUCAUAGCAGUAUAUCUCCCUCAGCCCCACCUGCUGAAAAACCAAAGCCACCACUUCCAGCAGUUCAUCUUCCAGCCCUGGUGACCAACCAAGCUGAAAUCAACAAGCAGCUGGAGCAGUUUGCAGCCGGUGUGAACAAGACCCAGGUGUUUCCAGCUGCCUUGGCUCAGAUGCAGCAGUCUAUCCAACCACACUCCAUGCAACAAGCGCUUCAACAUCAGCAACAACCGUCCAUCCACUUACGACAUCCACAACCACAGCAGUUCCCAAAUGUGCACAUACAACAACAACAGCAGCAGCAUCAGCAAUCACAGCAAAUCAAGGGCCACGUUUCCCCUCACCCUCACCUCCCGCCACAUCAUCCGCACAUGCAGAUGCAGUCCCAUGCCCAUAUACAGUUGCAGCAACAGCAGCAAGUCCAACAACAUACUCAGCACCAUCACCACCACCAGCAGUUGCUUAGCCCUGGUAACCCCCAGUUGCAGCAACAACUGCCACCCCCACCUCAACAGCAACUACACCAGCCACCCCCACCACCUGGAACACCAACUCACAACAUAGCUGCCUCCGUCAAUCAACUUCACAUCUCACAACACCACCACCAAGUCAACCUUCCUGCACCGGUGCAACCUCACAAUAAUGGCAAUGGAAGUGAGGGCAGCACCAACAAUACCAACGGUGGUGGUGGUGGUGGCAGCAACGGUGGCAACGUGUCCAUGCAUUCAAACAACAACUCAAUGGUAACUGCGACUGUGACAACCACCAGUGCUGGCAACAAUUCUGUGUACUAUCAAACUGUGUCUAGUAUGGUCUUCAUUCCUACUCCUUCAGAGCAGUACACAAAUGCAGGAAGCACUUCUGAAUCUGUUUCUGUGUCACAACAGUCCUAUAAAUCAGUGCAACCAAAUCCUCCACAAAAUUGGCCUCCGUCAUUCACCACUCCAGGGAACCCUCCCACCCAUACCGCAUCGCUCUACGCCUCGGCACCGUCCACCACCCAUGUGUGCAUCUCUCAGACACCCCUGCAAUCCCCCAUCUUCCGGUGUCCGGUACCCUACAACUCCCCCCAGACCGGUCUAGCACCCUCCUCCAGCAGGGAGGUUGCCCCCAUCAUCCAUGAGUGGCUCAAGAAGCAGCGACUCCACAAGUAUGCCUACCUCUUUGAAGGGAUGAGCUUUGAUCAGGUGCUAAAACUUUCUGAUGAACAGAUUGAUCGUUGGAAUAUUGUCAAAGGAGCAAAAGGACGUAUCAAGACCCAAUUGGAACAGCUGAGGAAAAAUGAUCUGCAUCUGUUUAAUGGGUUGACCCCUCAAGCCUUGGGGAUGCACCCUAACAUGGGUAUCACCCCUGGAUUCUUCAUGACCCCUCCACCCCCUGGAUCGGCAGGUACCCUCUUGCCCCACAUGGCUGCCGCACACAUUGUAAGCCUACAGCAGCAGCAACAGCAGCAGCUCGGUGAGGGUACCGGGUCGGAGUGCUCUUCACCACCGUCAAGCCCCAGGGAUAGCUCAGAUGAGAAUGAUCGUGAUUCCGAAGAGAGUGAAAGCUCUGCUACAUCGUGUGCUGAGACAAUCCAAAGCCAAGCCAAGAGGAGAGAAACAUCUGCUGGUAUGCCAUCGCCUCAACAAACCAGCCCUAGGGAGCUUGUCACCAAGAACCGCAAUCAGCCAUCGGCAACCUCUCUACCCUACAGUCAGGUGGUGAAGUCCGUAGGUGUGGAUGCUGGCAGGCAAGGGGACAGGUCUCCUAUCCCUCCAGGGGAACCCAGACAGGUGGCUAUCAAACCUCAGGCAGGGACUGCGGUUAGCCCAAUGCAGCAACAGCAGCAGCAACAACAAUCCGCAAACAAUGACCAGCAACCCCAACAACUUCAGCUGCAGCCUCCACCACAGAAACCUCACAUGCAUCAGCAACCGCCUCAUCAAAUGCAACAGAGGAUGAAUGCAAUGCCAUCGCAGCCUCUGCCAGCUGGCAACACGGUGGUGAUCGGUAAGCAGCUGCCACAGGUUGUUAGUCCUGAUGGAAACCCUGGACAGCUUCAUCAGUUAGACAGUCCCGUCAUAGCUGGCGCACCCUUCACCCCACAUGUUUUCCAUAUCAAGCAGGGCAACAAGAGUGUUCACACGGUGCAGUACAUACAAGGUGAUGGGGAAGGAGGAGGGUUUAGGACAUCAAAAGUUGUAGUGCAGCAGGCCGUUCCUGGUGCAAGGGGAUCAAUAGCUUCACCGUCCCCUCCUAUACCUGCAGGAACCUUACAGUCAAGGAGCGAUGUCCCCAUGUCAGUAAUGCAGCAACAUGCACAGCCCCAAGAACAGGUCAACCCUACCUCUAAGACUGUUCACAACUCUGGCACUAUUCAGCUGCUACCAAAUCUUCAUUCCCUUGCACUACCCACAACAGACGGCUACAUAGCACCCACAUCGGUUACUUAUGUUACUUCAUCCAAGCAAAGCCUGGCAAUCAGCUCUGACAGCACACCUUGUAACAAUAAUCUGUCCAGUUACAACAGUUGCACAUCAUGUGGUUGUAAUGGCCAGUGUGGACAAGCCAACCAUCAACCUUCCACCAGUGCACCCAGCAGCAACAGUAAUGGCAACAGUAGCAGCAGUAGCAGCAGCAACCUUUCCUCUUCCCACAUGAUCCACUUCAACCAGCCGACAACGUACAUCGCCGGUCCUGGCCAGCUCAACUUCCCCAACUACUACCACCAGGGCAACAUGAUUCCUCCGGGAACCCCAAACAGCAUGAGGAAUGCCCCUCCGCCGAGCAUGCCCCACAGCAACGGCCCACGUUACCCCCCUCCGAUGCCUCCCUCGCCCCUCCAGGGUGGCUUGCCGGACAUGAUGUACGGAGGGAACCCUCACUUUGGUAUGAUGCCUCCAGGUGCUCAGAUGUAUCUCAGUGGACUUGGUGGUAUGGGUCAUAGAGGACAUGGGAUCCAUGGUGGAGGGGGAGCAGGUGGAUCUAAGAAAGGACAGAUGACAUGCUUCAAUUGUGGUGGUCAGGGACAUAGAGCUAGUGAAUGCAGAGAAGCCACCAUGGAGUCUAUCACUCAUAAUAGUCACUACCGGCUGAAUUACAAGUCGUCAACGUCAGACUUAGCUGAGAGCACACCUGAUAGCUAACACAGGAUCAACCAUCCCUAACCCUAGGGGCUCUAUAUUCCUUCCAAUGGAUAGGUCGUCUUUGUGCUUUUCAUAAUCCUUGGCAUUUCUCCUAACCACUGUUUUAUCAUGGAAAAAUCUUGCUGGAAGCAAGGCUAGUUUAUCAUGAUGUUGACUACUAAAAGUGUUUGGGGUUUUUUUUGCCAGUAAUAUUUAUUAUUCGUCUGUGCAGUAUUUCACACAGUAAGUGUGAGAGCAGCGUAACUCCGUUGACUUUCCUCCAGAAGUUCCUCAAACGUGAAGACUUUGAUUGGACAGUUUGAAAGAUGGUGUUGAGUGUGGCCAUUAUAUAUUUUUUUUUCUUGAAAGGUGCAAAUAAUUGUGAGAUUCAUGCAAAGUUGGUACUUGAUAUAGCAAUUUAAUUUUUGUGUUUUUUAUGAAUUGUUAAUUUCAUUUUACAAACAGGACAAAUCUUAUAAGAAUCAUGAUUAAUCAGCUUGUUUUUUAUGUUGAAUAUUGAUUUUACUUAUAGUUUUUACUUUAUGAAUUUCCAUAAACAGAAAUGGGAAUUGUUAUUUGUCAUUGCACUAUUGUGGAAUUUUGAGGUACUGCAUAAGAAAGGUCUAGACACCAAACCACUAUUAUUUCUAAUCAUCAGUUUUUUUCUUUGAGACAUU